AACCAUGUUCGGUUUCACAAACAUUGUUCAAAAAUCCGUGGUCAAGCCGCAAUGUGUUAUCUGUGCCAAGGUUUUGAGCAAAGAGAGCAUGAAGCCCAGCAAACUGAAGUUCCAUUUGGAGUCUUGUCACAGCGACCUGGCGGGGAAGGGCUGUUCUCGGAGCCAUUGGCCACUACCACUCGGGGAGAAGAUGUGUUCAGAAUGCUGGAAGCCUUCCUCAUCAAACAUGAGCUUAGCUGGGGACGACUUGUUGGGGUGUGUACAGAUGGGGCACCUUCCAUGGUCGGAUGCAGAUCCAGCUUCAAAGCCUUUGUGAAGGAUGUCGCUCCCCAUGUCUCCUUCACCCACUGCAUGAUACAUCGACAUGCUUUAGCGAUGAAGACUCUCCCUCCUGGUCUUCGAGAAGUGCUUUCAAAUGUGGUGGAGAUUGUGAAUCACAUCCGAGGGAGCGCAACAAACUCAAGAAUCUUCAAAGCGAUGUGUGAAGAAAUGGGCGCCGAUUUCUCUGUUCUGAUAUUCCACACAGAGGUGCGCUGGCUUUCACAUAAAGUUCUCAAUCGUGUGAUUCAACUUCGAGAGGAAAUAGCGCUGUUCUUGGAGAGAGGGUGUACCGAGAAGGAGAAUUAG